CCUGCUUCCUCCGCGAGAGCGAGGCGAGGAUUUUACCGAGACGGAGCCACCGACGGAGCGCCGACACCUCCCGGAACCGGGCCGGUACCAAACGUCCGAACCUUCCCGGACCGACUGCUGUCCGGAUCCGGGAGCUGCGCCCGGAUCUCGUGCGUCCGGCGAUGGGCGGCGGGUCGGUCCGCAGAGAAACACCCUGACGUCGGCUGCGAUGGGACCACAGUGGACCUGGUUUUCCCGGGCCCAGUGUCAGAGCGGCGAGCCUCCGGGUCCGGACAGAGAGAGGGAGAAGCGCUGGGCCGAGCUGUUCGACCAGCUCGACCUCAACAAGGAUGGACACAUCGACAUCGUGGAGCUGCGGGCGGGCCUGGCGAGCCGCGGCUUCUCCAGGAAGUCUCUGGAGAAGAUGGUGGAGGCCGGGGACACCAACCAGGACGGAGUGCUGGACUUUGAGGAGUUCACCCAGUACCUCAGAGCACACGAGAAGCAGCUGAAACUCAUGUUUCACAAGCUGGACAAGAACAAUGAUGGUGAGAUCGAUGUGGCAGAGAUCCGAGACUGCCUGCGCUCCAUGGGCGUGAACAUUAGCAUGAAUGAUGCAACCAGGAUUUUGUUGAGCAUGGAUAAGGACGGCACCAUGACCAUCGACUGGAAUGAGUGGCGGGAUUAUUUCCUUUUUAACCCUCUGACCAACAUGGAGGAGGUUGCGCGCUACUGGAAACGCUCAAUGAUGUUAGACAUCGGAGAGCAGCUGACCGUUCCAGAUGACUUUUCAGAGGAGGAGAAGAAGUCGGGCUAUGUGUGGCGGCAGCUGAUGGCCGGAGCCAUGGCUGGGUCCGUGUCCCGGACUGGAACCGCCCCGUUAGACCGCAUCAAAGUCUUCCGUCAGGUGCACGGCUCCUCUGAUUUCACCGGGAGCGUUUUGACGAGUUUUCAGGUCAUGUGGAAGGAAGGAGGGCCGUGGUCGUUGUGGAGGGGAAAUGGGAUUAAUGUUCUAAAAAUCGCUCCAGAGACUGCGAUCAAAUUCACAGCUUAUGAGCAGAUCAAGAAUGUGAUCCGUGGAGGUAACGAGACGAGAACUCUGAGGGUUCAUGAGAGGUUUGUUGCCGGCUCUUUAGCUGGAGCAACAGCUCAGACGGCCAUCUAUCCCAUGGAGGUGCUAAAAACCCGUCUCACUCUGAGAAAAACAGGUCAGUACACAGGGAUCGCAGACUGUGCCAAACAGAUGCUGCAGAAAGAAGGCGUCCGGGCCUUCUAUAAGGGCUAUUUACCCAACCUGCUCAGCAUCGUGCCUUACGCCGGCAUUGACCUGGCCGUCUACGAGACUCUGAAGUUCGCCUGGCUGAACAGGAACAUCGGCCUGGCGGACCCGGGGGUGAUGGUGCUGGUUGGGUGUGGUGCCGUGUCCAGCACCUGCGGCCAGCUGGCAAGUUACCCACUGGCACUAAUCCGCACCCGGAUGCAGGCCCAAGCCUCACUGAAAGGAGCCCCGAAACUCUCCAUGUUGGCUCUGAUUCGCAACAUCGUGUCCCAGGAGGGCGUCACCGGACUCUAUCGGGGAAUUUCCCCCAACCUCCUGAAAGUCAUUCCCGCCGUGAGCGUGUCCUACGUGGUCUACGAGUACACCCGGAUGAUGCUGGGGGUGGACAUUGAGGGUAGGAGAGGAGGGAAAGGAAAAAGCUAGCAGGAUGGACUGUUUGAGGUGGUUUUCGUCGACGUGCACGGAUCCGUCGGCGGCGCAUGAGGAAACGGGCCUUGACUGAGGAUUGUCCCGAAACCACGAAUCCCUUCAGGAUGGAUGAAUGGGAAGAAACAAAUAAGUUAUGUUAAUAUAUAAUCUUCUGAAGCAGCUUAACAUUGGGUUGAUUGGCAGCGAUUGGGGUGUGAUGCGUUACAGUGAGAGCAUGCCAGCACUGUGUGUGAAAGCAUUUUGCUGCUCCCUUGAAGAUUUGCAUGAACUUGCCAGAGAGCAGAGACAAGUGUUACUCAUCUUUGAAGCCAUGUUACAUUCCCUCAGCAUUAUUCUCUCUCCCAGGUGAUCUGCUAUAGAGAAGAUGGAGGGCUGAUCUAAUGCUGUGUUUUCUAAGAGAGGACUAUGACGCUUUCUCAACAAAUGUUACAACAGCAGAAACUUUCUGACUGACCUCGGGGACAAUACUGAAACAAAAGGAAAGACUCUCCUGGAUCCUGGAACAAGUACUACUGAAUAAAGCAAAUAUAAAGUUUUUAUUUUUUUAUCACAUUUUUACAGCAGACAUCAAUAAGCACAAAGGAUGAAUAAAAGCCGUUGUUUAUCUGUGUGCCGUUUGUGCUCCUAUACAAAGAAGACAUUUCUUAACUGAAAUGUUUGAUGUUCCAGAACCACUAAGUAUUACUAUAAACACUACAGUAUGCUUUGUAUUGAGAAAAAAAUAAAUUGAUAUUUAUUUUAUUGCAUUGAGCAUUUCUGAUGUAUCAAUAUUUAUGUUCAAAUCAAUGCAUGCAUUGUGUUUCAUUCCUAAAAGUUAUUCUGUUCAGCUUUUUCUCAUGUAUGAGUGUUACAGAUCCGUGUUACACAAGAUUUCAAUAAAUACAGCUUAC